GUAAAAGUAGAGUAAACGCACGCGUUCGUUCGAAUUGUCAUACGAACAUCAACAGGUAAUCAAAGCGGCCAAAUUUCACUAAAAAUGACGAAUUACAGUAAACUAAACCCUACACAGAAAGAACUCAUGGCGGAGUUUAUGGUAAGCCACCCAGGCCUGGCAAAAAAUAAGCUGCCAAGUUCGGUGGAAGGGAGAGCAAUAGCAAGCAGACUCUGGGAGGAGCUCUCGGAGCGCCUAAAUGCGGUAGGGCCACCUACUAAAGAUGCUAAGAUGUGGCGGAAGGUUUUCGCUGAUCAAAAGUAUCAGGCAAAGAAAAAGCUUUCAUUUAACAAAGCAUCUAAGCAGCGAACUGGCGGUGGACCCUAUACUGGAAAAGUCAUUACUGCCUCCGAAGAACUUUUAAUUGAGGCAGCCGGACUAGAGGAUUGUAUAGAGGAGAAAAAGUAUACACCACUACCCGAUAGUCUACCGACUACACCGGCCUCAACAAUUCUCAGUAGCAGUGAUAACAGCGACGACGAAAAAGCGAGUUCCUCCAGCAGCUCUUUACCAGCUCCAUCUGCUGCCUACACACUUCGAAGGAGUAAGACUUUGCGGAGUAGAAAAAAUUUUAAAAACGAAAAGUUGACAUUGCUCCAGCAAAAUUUAAAAGCGGCGUCCGAUUUCCAAAUUAGUUUGAAUGCGAAGUUAGAUAGAUUACUGCUGGUGCAGGAAAAAAUGCUUAAAAUAAAGGAGGAAAAGCAUCUAAUUCUACAAGAAUCGCACCAAAUAAAUUUGCAAAUAAAAAGGCUUGAGCUGGAAACGCUGCAAAGUAAUUUAUCAAAGCAUUCUAGUAUUUAAGUAUGAAAUAUAAUAACCUUUAUAUAUCUGAGUU